UAGCAAUCUAGGACCGUAGUAGUCUUUCGCCAAGUCAAAAUGGCCUCGCUCAUGCGGACCCAGACGCUUCUGCGCGCGUGCCCUCAACGCUGCGCAUUCACGCCCGUGAAGCCCACCUUUGCUCCAGUGAGCCGACCUGCCGUCGAACGCGGCGCUCUAGUUGUGAUGGCUGCUGAGGCGAAGAAGGAUCAGAAGAAGAAGAUGCCCAGUCCUGUUAAGCGCGCUCUGCUGGCCGAGGAGCGCCGCUUGUACAACAAGAGCCGCAAGUCUGCUUGCGCAACCCGCGUUAAGAAGGUCAUUAAGAUGGCAGAGUCAUUGAUGUCGACCGCAGAUGCCCACUCAGAGGAUCAGGUGAAGGCCCUUGAGAAGCUUGUCUCGGAGGCAUACACGGAAAUUGACAAGGCGGUCGUGAAGGGUAUUCUUCACGAGAACACAGCUGCGCGUAAGAAGGCCCGCUGCGCGCGCUACAAGAAGCAUGUGCUGAUGUUUGCUGGUCUUUAUAAGCCGGCUGAGGAUAGCGAGGACUAUGCGCGCUUCUUGAGACUGCAGGCUAAGGCCGCUGAGGUGCGGGCAAAGGAGGCCACGCAGAAACCGAAGGCGGCGGCCGCAUAAGCAGCUGGAGUGGGACGGUGGCGAUCCGUAGCUGGCGGCGUGUCCAAGUUGAGGAGGGGCCUGGAGCAUGAGUCCUGGUUUUUUGAGUCUUGCCCGCACAAUGGGGCGGUCCAAUUGGGCUUUGGCAGGCAUAUGGCAGCGGUAGCCUGUGCCCAAGGAAGGGACGAUUUUCUUGUGCUGUCAUGUACCUCCGGGUCGGGACGUUUUAUCUCCGGGGCAUGGCGUGUGCUAUUUCUUUGGGGAACUGAUUUAACCAGCAGUUUCUGCAAGUCUUUAGGUGCCCGCUGACGAGGAUGCUUGGGAAGGACAACGCGCUUGGAGACUAAGGAUUAACCUUGUACAAUGGGGAGACAGUAAUUAAUGACCGUUCGUUACUGUGUACGAGCCUGGGUCAUCGAUGAAAUGCCUAGCCCUGAUCCUAUGCAGCUUGCUCGCUAGGCUGCGCGAGCUAGGCCUUGUUUGGAGGGUUAGCAGGAGUGGGCGCGCUUUGUCGGUUUGCUGUCAUUGGAGACGAAUGGUGGGUGGGGGUUCUCAGGACCUGGACUGACAGACAAAUGAAGGCGGCCGAAUGGUGGCCUAAUUUUAAUUGCGACUGUGUGGUAUUCCCGGUAAAGCGUUAGCCUGAUAUAUGUAUGGAAUUCAUGCCUCGCAUAGCCGCGCUGCACCGGCACCGUUUCAUGUGCCGUGCCAUGCCAUUCCUUUGUAGCAUGCGCGGAGCG